ACGCAGUUUGGCGGCGCACAAGAAGCGUUAUUUUUAGCGCCUGGUUCGUGUUGCAGUGUUGGGGUCGCGGCAGCCUUUUUCUCCAUCUCCGUGCCACAGUUGGAGCGGGACUCGCGGUGCGUACGAGGGGGCUGCGUGAGCGUGAAGCUGCGGGGUAGUUGACGGCAGAAAGCGAGGAGGAGGAUAACGGACUGACAGAGCGGGAGGGGAGCAGCACCACGCAUCUGAGCGGAGCUUUAUCACAUAACACGAAUCACCGUAUCAUCACCGUCCGACUCUGGUCCUCAUUAAACGGCUUGCCCGGACAUGGCUAGCCCCGCAGCAGGUCGAGAUGCCCCGAGCGCUCCGACGCGGGACGAGACGGAGCCGUUGGAGCCAAACCAUCCCGAACCAGCCUGUCAGGAGGCACAGAAAUGGAUAGAGGCUGUAACAGGGAAGAGCUUUGGAGACAAGGACUUCCGCAGCGCACUGGAGAACGGCAUCCUGUUAUGCGAGCUGUUGAGUGCAAUCAAACCAGGGCUGGUCAAGAAGAUCAACCGCCUGCCCACCCCCAUCGCUGGGCUGGACAACCUGUCAGUCUUCCUGCGGGGCUGUGAGGAGUUGGGCCUGAAGGGCUCCCAGCUGUUUGACCCUGGGGACUUGCAGGACACUUCUAUACGAGCUAACCUCAAGGACUCCGACUGCAACCGCAAACUAAAAAAUGUGCUGAACACAGUGUUCUGGCUGGGGAAGGCUGCCAGCGGCUGCGCCUCCUUUAGUGGCCCUACACUCAACCUCAAGGAGUUUGAAGGGCUUCUUGCUCAAAUGAAGAUGGAGAGUGAGGAAGGAGGUGACAGUCCACAGAAGCGCAGUGUUAGAGACAGCGGCUAUGACUGCUGGGACUCUGAGAGGAGUGAGUCUCUUUCUCCCCCACGACACACUCGUGACAACUCCCUUGACAGUCUGGACUCUUUUGGCUCCCGCUCACAGCAUAGUCCUUCUCCUGAUGUGGUGAAUCGAGGCAACAGUGACGGGCGAGGCAGCGAUUCAGAGGCCGAUGCCCCCAGCAGGAAGCCAGAUGUGCGGAAGGAUGACAUGUUGGCCAGGCGAACUGCCAGCAAUGAAUCAAGGAGCUCCAUCCCCUUCAAUCAGUUUCUUCCUAACCGAACCAAUGCCUGCUCCUACAUCCCCACUCAGCGGCGAAAACCACAUGCAGAGGAGGGAGAGCAGCGGAGUCGCCCUCAAGGCACUCCAGAGCAGGGCAAAACUGCUGGAGUGCACCACAAAACUCCCAAGACUGUCACUUGGGCCCUUGAGAACAAUGGGGAAAAACUAAAACAGGAAGAGGAGAAGGUGACCCAGGAGGUGCUGGAGCAGAAGAGGCUUCAGAAGUUGGAGAAGGCAGGAAUUAAAGUUCUGCCUGCUGCUGUUCGCUACAGCAGCCCUCCCACAAUGGAGGAACAGCAAGUGAGGUCACCAUCCCCAAAAAUCAUCCUUCGUCGUGAUAACGACUUUUUAAGCUCUCAGAAAUCUGCCUGGGAUUCCUCCUCUGAUGGGGAGGAGGAAGCAGAGGUGCGAAAAGUUCCAGAUGUUCGUAGAGAUGACCUGGCGUCCAGGCGAGCUCAUCGUAGCCCCGUUGCUCCCAAGGUGCACCAGUUCGUCCCCCCACCUGUAUGUAGCAACAAAGACCGAGAGCGCUGGGAGGGCAUUAGACGGGCCUCACAGCAAACACUGCAGGAGAAGGAGAUCAGUGAGAAAGAAACAUUCCCUGAUAUCAUUACACGCAGAGACAACCCCUUCCUAAAGAGUUCCUCUCGCCACGAGGAAGAGGAGGAUGAGGAGGAAGAGGGAGAAGAGGGCAGGGUUCAGGUGAUGCCUAACAAGCAGAAGGAUGACCUGGCUCAUAGGCGGGCUCAGAGUAGGCCCCUCCCUCACAGGGAUGGACCAAUGAGCUUUGUUUCUGCCUCCAUGAGCCAGGCAGAUAUGAAGAAGUGGGAGAGACUCAAGAUGACUGAACCCAGUGAGGCUAGCCCGGCACCUGUGUGUCAGGCUUGUCUGGAGAAAAAUUAUGGAAGUCCUUUCAGCGGAUCAGCAAAGGCUGGACGAGGUCACUGCAAAGUUGUGACUUUUGGGGGCGUGACUGAGAUCGAGCAGCCAAUAGACACAGUCACAUCAAAUGAAGGGGAGGAGACGGAGUUGCUAAGACGACUCCUUUCCAAGGCAACUGUAGCCAUGCCUACCAUUGGCCUGGGCUCCCAGCUUUCAGAGCGGGAACGCAGCCAGGUUGAAGAAGCUGUCCUCAGUCAAACUACCACUCCUUCUGCUCACCUCCCACCCUGGACCCCCAAUGUUGCUCCAACUCCUGCUGAGGUGGAUGCUCGUCUGGCUGAGUACGAAAGUAGAACAGAGGAAGAGGAUGAGGAGGAACAGGAGAGAAUCCCAGAUCUUGAGAAAGAUGAUAUGAUGGCAAGGAGGACAGGAGUUUUCCAUAAACAAAACACCGCUACAGUGACUUACAGCCGUUUCCUGCCACUGCCUGGCUCCAAAUCCUGCACACAAGGGGAGGACACCACUGACGCUGCUCCACGGAACAAAAAGGAAGUACAGACAGACAGAAGCAAGAAACUGAAUGUCAGAGUGGAGCAACAGCAAUCCAGAGUUCACAUGGAAACACCUCAGCCGCAGCCUGACACGAUGGUGAUCCGAUCAGCGUCUCACAGCGAGCGCGAAUAUGACGAUGAUGAGGAUGAAUAUGAUGAAAAUGAGCCUGUGCCUGACCUGGAGAAGGACGAUAUGAUGGCACGAAGGACUGGAUUAUUCCAAAAACCAACUGCAGCCAGAACAAAUCUGUUUUUUAACCAGUUCCUACCUGUACCUGGAUCAGUCAAAUAUAACGUCAGCCCAGUGUCUGCAAUGAAGCAGCUACGCAACAGACCUAAGCUCACAGAGAUGCUGGCUAGUGAAAGCAGCAUCGUUACCGUAGCAGCAGAACCUCAGGCCACGUCCCCCAGAUCCCCAACCAGCCCCAAGCGUGCAGCGCUGAGGGAGAGGCAGGAGGAGGAGGAUGGAAAGCAAGAGGGACACAUGACAGUCCCUAGCACCUCUGUCACAGAUGUGACUGAACCCCUCUCUUCUCCAUCACUCACCCCUCCACCCAGUCCUGCUGCUGCCCAGAUGUGUAAAGUGGGUGCAGAGCUGGAAAAGCAGAGUGUGGAGGAGAAAGUUGAGGAAAGAGAGGAAGAGAGAAAAAGGGAUGUGAAUGAGCAACCACGAAAGAAACCAUUCUGGCUGGAGGACGAUGAUCUACCUCCAAUGAUGAUGAGCCGGCGAGUUGCUUUUAUGUCUGAGGACACAGAGAGUGUGAGUAUGAGUGACAUACUUAAUGAGGAAGAGGUGGAACACUUACCACCGCUGAGCCAGUCACGAUACGAGCGCAUGCACGAACAGUACAACAGCUUUCGGGAAGAGGAUGACCACUGGCAAGAUGACUUGGCUCGCUGGAAGAAUCGCCGCCGCAGCGCGUCACAGGAGCUGAUCAAGAAAGAGGAAGAGAGGAAGAGGAUGGAGAAAAGGAUGAAGGAUGAGGGAAGUGAAAGCAACAAGAGGAAAAGCAUUAAGACCUACAAAGAGAUCGUGGAGGAGAAAGAGCGCAGAGAGGCAGAGUUGUGUGAAGCCUACAGGAACGCAGCGACUCCAGAAGAGGCAGCCAUGGUUUUACAGCGUUACGCUCUCCGCUUUACUAUCAGCGAUGCAACACUGGACAGCCUUAAACUGCCCAGAUCCACCUCAAAACCCAAAACAGACCUAAACCUGGUGGACAAAGAGCACAAACCCUCGUCACCUAUUAAUCAUUCUGAAACUUCAGAACCUUUGCCGAAGCCAGCACCAACUGUUACAACAGAACUGGGGCACACAAAACCUGAAGACAUGGGGACAGAAAUAACAGCUCAACAAGAGACAUCAGUCUCUGUCUCCGGGAGCUCCCCAAUACCUAAUAGUCCCCUCCCCAUGGUCACAAACUCAGAAAAUAUACCACCUCAGUCAUCAGAACUUAAUGAAUCUCAAGCCAAACCAGCAGAGUCUCCAGCCACACAUCAGAAACAAGAGAUCACAGGAGAUGCACAGCCUCAGACCAAGCACACACCGCUUCAGAUUGCACAAGUCCAGCCUCGCUCCAUACAACCAGUAUACACACUCCCCUCCCCUCCAUCUGUACCAUCCAGACCUAUCCCCCUCCUGGCAGCCAAGCCCUACUGCCAGCCUAGGAGCACACCGUCUGGACACAAGCCUGUCAAGAUGGAUGGGUUGGUGCGAGUGAAUGGAGAGGCAGCGGGGGAUUUAUCUGCUUCAACUACACCUGCCUCCCCUCAGCCCUCGCCACAGGAGAUUAAAGACGCCACCUCCAAACAGACAGAGAAAGACGUCACCUCCAAACAGACAGAGAAAGACGCCACCUCCAAACAGACAGAGAAAGAUGCCACCUCCAAACAGGCCAAGGAAGACGUCACCUCCAAACAGAUAGAGAAAGAUGUCACCUCCAAACAGGCCAAGGAAGACGUCACCUCCAGUCAGACAGAGAAAGACGUCACCUCCAAACAGACAGAGAAAGACAUCACCUCCAAACAGACAGAAAAACAUGUUCCCCCUGAGGAGAUAACAGAGCAGCCGUCACCUCUGCAGACAGAGAAUUCAACCACCUCUUCGGGCUCUGCCAUCAGCUCUUUGAUUGGAGGCCGAAACUGUAUCAUCACUACAACUAUUGUCACAGAGCUCACGCAGACUCUCGUGGAGCCUCAUCACCUGGAUACUGAAAGCAAUGGACAGGUCGAUGAUACCACGGGACUGUUUGGGACACCAGCGCAGGAAAAAAAGGCUCAGUCAGCUACAUCACCCAACAGCAUGCAAGAGUAUUCUCCCACUGUCACAGAGGGCCUUGAGGAGAGCAGUAUGACUAUUGAGACCCCCAUGUUGAACUUGGCUAAACGUGUUAAUCACUGGGUCUGGGACCCCAAUGAAGAGCGUAAACGCCUGGAAAUGUGGCAACAGGAGCAGGAGCGCCUCCUACAGGAGCAAUAUCAGAAAGAACAGGAGAAGCUGAAGAAGGAGUGGGAAAAGGCACAGCUAGAGGUGGAGGAGGAGGAGCGAAAACACAAUGAAGAGGAGAGACGGAUUCUGGAGGAGACUGUAACACCCCUCAAUCCCACCGGCUUGUUGAACCAGCAGUUUGGCCAGACAGAGAUGACUUCAUCAGUUCCCCUGCAGCAAAACGGCCAAAGACUCUCCGCAGGGAACGAGGAUCAGCAUGCAUCGAAGCUGCAUUUUUUCCAGGAUUCUCCAUGUGAUGCUGAACCUUCAAAAAAACAGGAACUGUGGAAGACAGCCUCUUUAGACCGCAACCCUCAGCUAAACCAGGCGCAUGUUGUUAAAAGGUCUGGAUCACAUGAUGCUGUAACAGGCAAGCAGCAGUCCCCCCUAUCAUCACCGCAGCCUCCUUCACCCAGCAGGUGUGUUAGUGGGAAGAGGCUAUGUUCUGGUUGUUCUCAACCUCUGGGAAAAGGAGCUGCCAUGAUCAUCGACACACUGGGACUGUUUUUCCACAUACAGUGUUUCAAGUGUGGCGUGUGUGAUGGGCAGCUGGGUGACGCCACCGCGGGGACUGAUGUAAGGAUUCGUAAUGGACUGCUGAGCUGUCAUGACUGCUAUAUUGCAUCUCGGGGCAGGGGACAGCCCACCACACUAUGAUGACCUGCAUUAGAGCUGGAACUCCACCAUCACCAUGGCAGGCUGCGCUUGGGCGGAGAACGAUUUUAGACCCUUGACUCACUUUCUGGAACACUCCUGGAAUGUCUUCGAAACUCUCUGAAUCAUCUUUUUAUUUUUUCCUGAACUGCACAAACAGCUUUAUGGAUGUGUCUGAGAGCAGAACUGGACUGACAUGUGGAAUAAAUGACACACCACACGCACAUACAGCGCAUUAUGUGCUUCUUAACUGUACACAUGUAUACACUUAUUUAUAUUGUGUGUAGCAUGGACAUAAUUAAGAAAUCAGUGUGUUUAGGCCUUUGCAUAUCCAUACUUAGCACAGUCAAGACACUAAAAUAAGAAUCUGUCCUGUCACAAGCUGAACAUGUUACGCAACAAGCUAAACACUACUGUCUUUAACACAAAACAGCUUCAAACUCUUGACUCAUUAACCCCUGCUUCUGCACUGACCAUGUGACUCCACUCUCUGAGUGUGUUGGGAACUGGUUUGGGUUGGAUAACCUGAAGUAGCUUGACCAUUCUAAUGCCUUACUCAUCAUACUUUCUGUCAUUUAUUUUGGGUUUUGUGUUUACAGUUUUGCAUGAAAGAUGAACAUAUAUAAGUUAUUGUGAGUAUUGCUCAGACGGAUUGUGUGAGUUUGACGUAGGUUGUUAUCUUCUGAGCGGUUGAACUUUAACUUUCCUCUUGUGUCCUGUACAUCGAAUGAUAUUUUUGAAUUUUUGGGAGUCUGGAUAACGUACACAAGCUUUUUCUUUAUAAUCCAUUUUACAGAAAUGAGAAUGCAUCAUGUUAAGUAAUAAUACUUGUUCUUUGGAUUUUAAAUAUUUUCCAUUUAAGAUGUUUUACCCACUGUUUAUUCUCAUAGACUGACUGCAUCUGAAUCAGUGCCUUAUGUAAUGAAUGCGAGGGCUAGUGUACUGUGAGGGAGUAUUUCACACUCACACAGACCUCUGGGUCUUGGCACAUUGUGUGUGUGUGUGUGUUAUGAGUGAGUGUGUGCAAGCAUGUAUGAAAUCAUGCAUGUGUAGGUAUGUAUGCAAUGUGUGAUUUGACUUGAAGCACAGUUCCAUACCAGCAAAAAAAAAAAAGUUAAAUGGAUCAGCCACUCCUAAUCACCCUCUGUUCCCUUCUACCCUUUCCCAU